AUGUUGGAGUUACGCAAAGAUACGAUAGGACGCGCAAGUACCAUCAGUGAAUCGGUCGAAGUGGGUUUACGUUUUAUCGGAAUGUGGCCACAUUGUGUAUACGCGAAUAUCAACUGGUGGACUUAUAUCGUGUCGGUGGCAAUAAUGCAAUACUUUCAGUAUGCGUAUAUUUUCGCACACUUCGACCUCAGCGAUCUCUCGGUUUUUGUAGAUGGUCUAAGCAUCACAUUCGGCUACAGUUUGUCGUUCCUUAAACUGAUCAAUCUGUGGUUCAAUCGUCGAAAGUUGUUCGCCAUUCUGGAUACAAUGGAUAAAGAUUGGAGCGACGCAAUCCAUUCGGACGUCUCCACAAUGAUCAGAUACGCCAACUGGUCGCGUCAAUGUUCCAACAUAAUGAUCACCACGAAUGCAUUAGCUGUGUUCUUUUAUGUAAUCGGAGGUUUAAUACUCCGGUCAAUGAUUCAAAAAAACGACGGUUCAACUCGCGAGCUGCCCAUUAAAAUGGAAUUUCCUUUUAAGGUUGACAAUUUCCCGAUUUUUGAGUUAAUAUUGAUACUUCAAUUCUUUCAUGAUUUAUCUGUAGCUUGUAUCAUCGCUAUGCUGAACGCUUUGCUCGUUACGCUGGUACUACACGUAAGUGGUCAAAUUGAUAUUAUGCUGCAAGGAUUCAUGGAAAUUUCCUCUAAGUAUACAUCAAGAUCUUCUCUGGCUGCUAUUAAAGAUUUAGUUAAUAGACAUCAGAGAAUCAUCGAUUUGUCAGACGACAUUGAAGACCUUUUCUCAAACAUCGCAUUGUUGCAAUUUAUCUGGAAUACUUUGGUCAUCUGUUGUAUAGGCUUUGUGAUUGUAAUAUCUAUUGGUACGGAAGAAGGCGCUACGACGAUAACGAAAUCCCUCAUCUUUUACGUUGCGAUAACUCUCGAGGCAUUUGUUUUUUGCUACGCUGGAGAAUAUCUCAGUGCCAAGAGUAAAUCCAUCAGUGAUGCUGCAUACGAGUGCCUGUGGUACGAUCUAACUCCCAGCGAGUGUCGAAUCUUGAUGUUCCUUAUGUUGAGAUCACAGAAACGGUUAACCAUCACUGCGGGCAAGAUAACUGAUCUGUCCUUGGAAGGUUUCACAACUGUGAGUUUACUUUCGUCCCAUCAGUUCGUAACGUAUAGUGAUUGUUGCGGAACGAUGAAGCGCACAAGUACCAUUAGUCGCCCAGUCGAAAUUGGCCUCCGUUUCAUCGGUAUGUGGCCGGAUUCGGCCUACGCGACUCUUUAUUGGUUAUUUUAUAUGGCGACAAUGGUGAUAGUGCAAUAUUAUCAGUAUACAUAUGUUUUUAUGCAUUUUGAUCUGAGUGAUAUUUCGCUCCUCAUGGACUGUCUCGGUCUUACUCUGGCGUACACUCUCGCCUUUCUCAAGCUCUUCGUCUUAUGGUGGAAUCGCCGGACAUUUUAUUAUAUUGUAAAGGCGAUGAAUGAAGAUUGGAAAGAGUGCGUUAUCAAUAAUUCGUAUGAGUCCACGAUGAUGAGCGUAGCGGAUCUGUCGCAUCGCUGCACAAACGUGAUGAUUAGUAUCAACGCCUUAGCUGCUUUUUUCCUUUCAAUCGGCGAGCACUUGCUUCAAUCGAUGGGCGACGUCAAUGGAGUUGACAAUAAUUCUCGGGAACUACCUAUAAAGAUGGAGUUCCCUUUCGAUGUCAGUGAAUCUCCUAUUUUCGAGUGCUUUUUAAUCGGGCAAUUUCUUUACGAAUUAGUAUUGGCUUCUAUAGUUGGUAUGAUGAAUGCGUUACUCGUCUCAUUGAUACUUCAUGUAAGCGGACAGAUUGACAUUAUGCAACAAGACAUAAACGAAAUUUCUAACAGCAAAUACGAUCCUAGCUUAUCCUUAAUUGUUAUCAAAGGCCUUAUUUGCAAACACCAAAAGAUUAUUACUUUGUCAGAAAAUAUCGAAAACCUAUAUACUUAUAUUGCAUUAAUGCAACUUUUAUGGAAUACUUUGGUCAUCUGCUGCACUGGUUUUGUGAUUAUAAUCACCAUUGGUACCAACGCUAGUGCAACAACUUCAAUCAAAUCUGUGAGUUUUUAUUUUGCAAUCACUCUAGAAAUUUUUAUUCUCUGCUUUGCCGGAGAAUUUUUGAGCGCCAAGAGUAGGUCAAUUAGCGAUGCGGUGUAUGAGUCACUUUGGUAUAAUAUGCCACCGACAAAUGGCCGUAUUUUAUUAUUUAUGAUACUAAGAUCGCAAAAACGAUUGACGAUCACUGCCGGAAAAGUUGUAGAUUUAACUUUGGAAGGAUUUACAAACAUUAUGAAGGCAUCAGCUUCUUAUGUAUCUAUAUUAAAUGCAAUGUAUUAA